CAUCAUCGCCGUCGUAGGCGCCGUACUGCAAGUCUGGCAAUGGCAUCUGGAGCCACCUGUCAAGCUGAAGGUCAACCAAAUAGCUUUGACCCUUCCAAAUCGAUAACGGCAGGGUCACACGAGAGUAGUCAAUCGCCACAAAUUGGCCAGGUGAUCUCCAGCCCUGCUCAACACUCAUACAACAUCAACAAUAAGCAUGCUUAUGCGCAUAAACUCGACAACAAUGUUGAUCAAGAGCAGCACCUUCGUGAGCACCACGAUUUCCAAAUGCAUCAAUUGCACGACCAACAUGAAGAGUCGCUCACGGUUCCUUCAUCUGGUGACCAUAUCAGACAGGUCUGUUCUCCAGACCCUUCAAACUACUUCGAGCAGGCUAAUAGUGGGCCCCCAUUUGAUUCACUCACUUCGGGACCCCUCCGUUCUAUCCCCCAAAAUAUAUCAACAGCAUUCUCUCCUGGUUGUCCGAUCGAGAUACCUUACGAUCUACCUCCAAGUAGUCACUUUGCUCUGCCCACUAGCCGGCUUUUGACACCGCCAGUGCCUGGCAUCGAGCCUGGCCUAUGUUCUCGAUCCAUGGAUAACGUUGCUCCUGCUUCCAGUCUUGGUAGUGUUAGCGCUUGUAAUGAGUCCCUCAUAGCACCAGGGAAGGGAUUGACGGUAUCGACUUCAACUACCGUAUCGGGUCUUACUGCAGUAAUCACAUCUUCACUUAAAGAAAAGCUUCUAAAUGUUCCUGGUGCUUCCGCCACAGUUACUGGAAAUGAUGACACAGGCGCUAGUGGGCUUGCCGGACCUAUAUCCGGACUUAUCGGUGGGCCUAGCCUUGGACCGCUCGGGUAUGGACAGUACAAUCCCACGGCAUCGCUUGCUUCCACCAAUAGUCUGACACGACGAGCAACACCUACUUUGUUUGCCGAACCCCCUCGUGUGCGCGACUAUUCUGAAUAUGGUAUACCAAAUGUUCACCAGUUGCUUAUGCAACAACAACAACAGCAGCAACAGAACCAACAACAACAAAAGCAACCAAUGCAAACAAAGCAAAUGCCUCAGCCAUCACCCCAGCUGCUUUCUUACUUGAACCAACAACAGCAACUUUAA